AUGGGUACAGACAAGGGUCAGAUGACCCACAUGGGUACACACAAGGGUCAGAUGACCCACAUGGGUACAGACAAGGGUCAGAUGACCCACAUGGGUACAGACAAGGGUCAGAUGACCCACAUGGGUACAGACAAGGGUCAGAUGACCCACAUGGGUACAGACAAGGGUCAGAUGACUUACAUGGGUACAAACAAGGGGCAGAUGAUCCACAUGGGUACAGACAAGGGUCGGAUGACCCACAUAGGUAUGGACAAGGGUCAGAUGACCCACAUAGGUUCAGACAAGGGUCAGAUGACCUACAUGGGUACAGACAAGGGUCAGAUGACUUACAUGGGUACAAACAAGGGGCAGAUGACCCACAUGGGUACAGACAAGGGUCAGAUGACCCACAUGGGUACAGACAAGGGUCAGAUGACCCACAUGGGUACAGACAAGGGUCAGAUGACCCACAUGGGUACAGACAAGGGUCAGAUGACUUACAUGGGUACAAACAAGGGGCAGAUGAUCCACAUGGGUACAGACAAGGGUCGGAUGACCCACAUAGGUAUGGACAAGGGUCAGAUGACCCACAUAGGUUCAGACAAGGGUCAGAUGACCUACAUGGGUACAGACAAGGGUCAGAUGACUUACAUGGGUACAAACAAGGGGCAGAUGAUCCACAUGGGUACAGACAAGGGUCGGAUGACCCACAUAGGUAUGGACAAGGGUCAGAUGACCCACAUAGGUUCAGACAAGGGUCAGAUGACCCACAUGGGUACAGACAAGGGUCAGAUGACUUACAUGGGUACAAACAAGGGGCAGAUGACCCACAUGGGUACAGACAAGGGUCGGAUGACCCACAUAGGUAUGGACAAGGGUCAGAUGACCCACAUAGGUUCAGACAAGGGUCAGAUGACCUACAUGGGUACAGACAAGGGUUCAGAUGACCCACAUAGGUAUGGACAAGGGUCAGAUGACCCACAUAGGUUCAGACAAGGGUCAGAUGACCUACAUGGGCAUGGACAAGGGUCAGAUGACCUACAUAGGUACAAUACAAUCAAGGGUCAGAUGACCCCCAUGGGCCUGCUUUGUGCUGCUAUGUCAGGAUUAAAGGUGUAUAACUUAUUUAGUCGCAUGUGA